CCCGGGGUUAGAACAGUGAAAGAUCCAAUGAGAACGGAAGGGUGUUUCUCUGUACUCGGGUCUGCUUCACCGCACCGGAAGUUAGCGAGAGCUAAUCGGUUAACACCAAAAUUAUAAACCUCAGGGGGCGAGGGCUCUCUGAGUCCCCGGGUCGGUGGAAGACCCAGAUGGGACUGUCUCUUGGGGCAUUUGUUGGCCGUGUUAGAAACAGGGUUUUGUGCAGUGUGGCGUUUAUAUUGUCGGGCUAACGCGGCUACCAGGCCGGGACCGGGACCAAGGAUGGAGUGCUGGCGAGGUUUGCCUUGCGCUGCAGGAGCGGACGGAAAAGCGGUGCACGAAGACGGCAGCGCGGCGCCGCGGCCGCCGAGACACCCGGGGAGGCGUCUGUGCUUUUGAGGGAGACUAGCAUUAGCAUUAGCAAGCUGGAGCCCCCCCGGUACGGAGUAGCUCGCUAACGGUGGUGGCCGGUAGUCUACAGGCUUUUUCCAUUUACGUUUUUAUUUGGUGUUUUCAUAUUUGUCCAGAUGUUUACGCUAUAAACACGUUUACAGACAUAUUGCUGUAUUUAUUACUGUACUCUUUGACACCGUUAAACGGACCCAGCUACUGAGGCCGGGUUAGCUGCCUAGCCGUGCUAAGUGCGGUGCGGGCCCGGUGUCAGCCAUUAACGCUGCCCUCCGUGUAUAAACAAAGCUCCCUUAUUUAAGCUCGCCAACAUUACCUUUUAUAUCACUUAAGGGCCGUACUUAUUUAAAAAGUAUUGGAAAUCGCUUAGCAUUUAGUCUAGGGCUGAAAACGGCUCCCCCCCCUACAUAGUAUGUGAUAUCUGUGUAUACGGUGCUGGAUCGCCGAUGAAUUUCGCCACUUGUCUUUUUUUUUAUUUAUUUUUUUAAUAAAACCCUUUUCUAUAAUUAACGCGACCUUUUGAAAUACUUCUGAAGGAGCGUUUUGAUAUUGACAUUUGCGGAGGCGUGGGGCGUACGGCCAACAGGGUGGAAGGCAUUUUAAACCUCGGGUUAGAAAGUUGUAUAUUGCAGAAGGGGUGUCCCAGCCAGGGGGGUAUUGGUAGGGGGCACCUAGAUCUUUGCUAUGGGGAUAAAGUGGGGAAUUAUCGUCGCCUUCAGCCUCCUCAGCUGGCUGAUCGGGAACCGGUGUCGGGCCAUGACGGCGGUGGAGAAGACCAAAAUCAGGGACCAGAUCUUGGAGAUGUUCGACCAUGCGUACGGCAGCUACAUGAAAUACGCCUACCCCGCUGAUGAGCUGAUGCCCCUCAGCUGCAGGGGUCGCGUGAGGGGGCUGGAGCCCCCCCGUGGGGACAUCGACGACUCGCUGGGCAAGUUCUCUCUCACGCUGGUUGACACCUUAGACACUCUUGUGGUGCUGAACAAGCUGGAGGAGUUUGAGGAAGCAGUGAAGAUGGCGGUGAAGGACGUCAGGCUAGAUAACGACAUCGUCGUGUCUGUGUUCGAGACCAACAUCCGGGUGCUAGGAGGCCUGUUGGGGGCGCACGUGAUGGCUGACCUGCUGCGUGGGCAGGGGGAGCGGAUGCAGUGGUACAGGGAUGAGCUGCUGCACAUGGCCAAGGAGUUGGGUCACCGGCUACUGCCUGCAUUCAACACCAGCAGCGGGCUGCCUUACCCUCGGGUGAACCUGCGCUAUGGGGUCCUGAAUCCGCUGUCACGCACCGGCACUGAGUCGGACACCUGCACGGCAUGCGCGGGAACGAUGAUCCUGGAGUUUGCGGCACUGAGCCGGCUGUCGGGGGACACCGUGUUCGAGGAACACGCCAGGAAGGCGCUGGAUGUGCUCUGGGACAAGAGGCAGAGAGGAAGUGACCUCGUGGGCACCGUCAUCAACAUCCACAACGGGGACUGGGUGCGCAGAGAUAGCGGUGUGGGGGCUGGUAUCGACUCAUACUACGAGUACCUGAUGAAGGCCUACAUUUUGCUGGGAGAUAACGUCUACCUGGAGAGGUUCAACGCGCACUACAGCGCCAUCAUGAAGUACAUAAGCCAGCCGCCGCUGCUGCUCAACGUACACAUGCACAACCCCACCGUGAGCGUGCGUGGCUGGAUGGAUUCCCUGCUGGCCUUCUUCCCUGGGCUGCAGGUGCUGAGAGGAGAUCUGAAGCCGGCCAUCGAGACACACGAGAUGCUCUACCAAGUGACGCAGGAGCACAAGUUCUUACCGGAGGCAUUCACCACCGAGUUCAAAGUUCAUUGGGGUCAGCACCUGCUGCGUCCUGAGUUCGCAGAGAGCACCUACUUCCUAUACAAGGCCACAGGGGACCCCUACUACCUGAAGGUGGGCCAGUCCAUCGUGGAGAAGCUCAACACUCACACCCGAGUGCCUUGCGGGUUUGCCGCCAUGCAGGAUGUCCGGACUGGGACCCAUGAGGACAGAAUGGAUUCCUUUUUCCUGGCGGAGAUGUUCAAGUACCUGUACCUCUUGUUCUCGGAGAAGAGUCAGCUACCGUUCGACAUUGACGACUACAUCUUCACCACGGAAGCUCACCUUUUGCCCAUGUCCUUGUCCAGCACACAACCCCCCUGCCAAGACAACAGAAUGGUGCAGGAAUCCCCGACAGCGGAGGACCUGUUCACCUACUCCUGUCCCAGCACCCAGACCCUCUUCCCCAACAACCCGUCAUUCGCCAGGACCAUCCGGGAUGGAUACAAGUACCUCACGGGGGUGGGCAGGGUGCAUCACCACGCCACGCCCAUCAGGGGCAUCGAGCUGCCUCUGCACGACAGCGGCAUGGAGUCCGUGGAGUUCUUCAGGAGCAUGGGCAUCUCUCUCGCCAAGCUGCACGACGUGGCGGCCAGCCUCAGCAACGCGGGGGCCAUGGCGGAUGCCGCGGGGCCCAAGGGCACAUACACAGUCAAGCUGAUAGCAGAGGUGAACCAGGCCACAGAGGAGGAGGAGGUGGUGCCGCUGGUCGUGCAGCUGAUCUCCCCGCCGUUCUUGGGCCGGACAGUGCUGAUGGCCGGGCCGGCCAAGUUCGGGAUGGACCUCACAAAGCAGGAGCACGGGGUGAAGGGCAGCAUAGUAAAGAGCGCCCCCUACAGCGCAUGUGGGCCCAUUGAGAACGCAGAGGAGCUGCGGGGCAACAUUGCCGUGGCGCUGCGUGGGGACUGCAUGUUUGCAUCCAAGGCCCGGAGGCUGCAGGAAGCGGGCGCCAUUGGGGUCAUCUUCAUUGACCACCGGGAGGGGAGCAGCAGUGAGGAAACACCCCUGUUCCAGAUGGUGGGUGAUGGGGGCUCCGUGUCUGACAUCACCAUACCGCUGGUCUUCCUGUUCAGCCGCGAGGGGGCUGUUCUGAGCGCCGCCCUGGAGGAGCACCGCAACGUGGACGUGCUGCUGCUACCCCGGGACCGGCAGCUGGGCCGAGAAAAGGCGAGCCAGCCGCUUGGUGUCAAUAUCAAGAUCCGUUUAUCCGGGGGUGGGGAGCUGCUGAGCGGAGAGGCCAAAGACGCCACCUUCCAGCUGCUGCUGGAACCGGGCGAGGAGGAAGAGGAGGAUGGGGAAGUAAAAAGCCCCAGCAGCCAGUGCCAUCUCUCAGACUUGCCUCCGCACACGGGCAAGCAGGCCAGCAGGGCCGGCUCCCAGUCCACGGCGUGCUCGUCCCACACCGACUCACAGAGCAGCCCCUGACAUUCUCGGAGGCACCACACCUCACCUUGAAGUGCUGACCAAUGCGCCGGGUUUUCUCAGCAUGCUGUGCUGGGGGAGGCGGAGUCACAGCCCCCCUGUUUGAGAGCUUGUAACCUCUGGACCAGGACUAAGUUACUGAUGUGUCCUAAGAGGAUAAGAGACACUGGGAAGUUGGACUCUUGUUGAACUGGGUUUCCUAAGAUUUAUCACGUACUGUUAUAGUAGCUGAAAUCAUGAAAUAAUAUAUAAAAUAAUGGGGGGGGGGGGGAUCUGUACAUGCAAGGGGACUUGCUACAGUUAUGUAGGGAUGCUAAUUAGCCUAAUGUCAGCUAAGAAUAACAAAGGUGGGACCUGAGUUGGGGGGUUAGGCUUACACGAGCUACAUUUCUUAGCCAUGGAGUGCUUCUCCACUUAAAAUGCCAAAAGGAGGCGGCUGCUGCAAUGGCAGCUGCAGACGGUUUUGGGGUAGUGGUGGACGCCAUUUUUAAUAAGUGGUAGACAAUGGCUGGUACUGUAUUAGGUUGUGUUAUAACGUGCGGCCAGUGCGGUGAACCGCAGCGUUCAUACUUAUCGUGUACUUGAACAUCGGGCAGUUUCUGUUUAAUCACGUGUGAUGGAUGGGAACAGCGGUCUUACCUGGCAUUACACUACAGAGGCGCACUCGACACGCCGCGUUCUGUGGGCGGGGCCUGAGUUUCACUUAUGAUUCUAGUCUUCACUAUUAUAAAGAACCUGUCCAGCAUACCUCAUGUUGCGCCUGCAAAACGGGCACCGGGGUCUCGUCUGGUUCAGAUGUCGCGGUAGUGGACAGUCUACACCUCAUAUCCACUUGCUGCACAUCGCGCGGGGACGGGAGACUGCAGACUGCCUGCCUUCCGGCUCGUUCAUAUCACCCUUUACAGAAUAACGUUGAGUUAGCAAGCUUCAGAAAUGUGUAAAAUUAGUGGUGAUGAAAAAAAUUGGGUCCUUUUGUACGCAACCUGCAAGAGGUGAGCUGAAGCUUGGUCAGCAAUACCAUCUAUAGCCAUAUUAUAUAUAUUUAAUUUAAAUUUGGGUAUUAGAAUUAUGCGCACGAAACGGGGUUCUUGUCACUGUGAUUCGUUUUCACUUAAAACCUACGACCUCAUGGGUAGCGGUGGGAAUCAUUAACCUGUCUAAAAAUGCCUUGUGUGGGUUUUUUAAGACGUCUUGCAGGAUAUCAUUUCACCGUAACGCUUGGCAGCGCCGCACUUUAUGAGAUACGCGCUGCAAAGUGCGUUGGGAAAGUCUUAAUCUUACCUGCUAGGCCGUGAUAAAGCGGUAUUUUAUCGUGCACAUCCAUACGAUGCGUUUUCUCAAGGGCUCACUUGUGUUUCACUAGCGAAGCGCCACCUACUACAAAGUAAGGUUGUGUGUGUGUUUUGUGGUAUUUAUUCUUAAUUGCAGUACCAUCCGGAAAUAUUGAUGGCAAAGCAGGUGAACGUAAGUGCCAAAGUCUUUUAGUCCUUUUGCUGUAACAGUAAUGCUUUCCACUGUGUGGUUUUUGAUAAAUGUUCUUAUAAAAACGACCUGAAUUAGUCAAUAAACUAGACUUACAAACGCA